AUGGCCAAUACCUCAGCGUCGGAAGUCGAGUCCGUCAUGUCAAACUCAAGGGCGCCCACCACCGCGCCGAGCUCGCCGCCUGCAGAUCCCUUCGAUGACCAGAACGAUGUUGGGCUCGUCGAUGAAGACAUCAUCAAAGAAGAGGCGAGAGCACGGUCUUCAAACAAUGCAAUGGAAGAGAAGCGCCGUGCUGCCCUAACCAAGCAGCGAAAGAAGAAGAAGGCCGAGACAAAGUCUGAACGAGAGGCCAAGGCACGAGAGCUUGACGAGUUAUUGCAAAAGAGCGCUGCCUUUAGCGACAUUCUCACCAACAAGACGCAAGUUUUGGGUCGGGUUGGAAGCAGCUUAGACGGGAAGAAGCUGGGUGAGCAUAACUUGCAGAUGGCCGCACAGCCCAAAUGCAUGGUCGGUGGUACAAUGAGAGAGUACCAGCUAGAGGGUCUCACAUGGAUGUAUGAGAUCUGUUCUCAAGGCAUGAGUGGAAUCUUGGCUGAUGAAAUGGGUCUGGGAAAAACUAUUCAGACAAUCGCCUUGAUUGCGCUUUUGCGCGAACAAGAAGACUACUUGGGCCCCCAUUUGAUCGUGGCGCCUCUGAGCACGCUGUCAAAUUGGAUCGACGAAUUCCACAAGUGGGUGCCCUCAAUACCAAUCAUCAUGUACCACGGGAACAAGGCCCAGCGAGAGGACAUCUUUCAGAAGAAGAUCAUGAGCCAUCUCAAGUCUGGCCGGCCUACUUCCAAAUUCCCCGUCGUAUGCACAUCAUACGAAAUGGUCAUAAACGACCAUCAUAACCUGUCACGGAUUAACUGGGAAUUUAUCAUCAUUGACGAAGGUCAUCGUAUGAAAAACUCAGACGCCAAAUUAUUUCAGCAUCUCCGUCAGUUCUCAUCAGCUACUCGUCUCCUAAUCACCGGCACACCUUUACAGAACAAUCUCAAGGAACUGUGGUCAUUGCUGCAUUUUUUGCUGCCAAACAUCUUCACAAACUGGGAAGCUUUCGAAUCAUGGUUCGACUUUUCGGAACUAGAAGAUGAACAAGGAACGCAGCAGUUCAUUGAGGAUCAAAUGAAGCAGGAUUUGGUCAAGAAAAUCCAUCUCAUUCUGCAGCCACUUCUAUUGCGACGAAUCAAGCAAGAUGUCGCCGCCUAUUUGCCCAAGAAAAGAGAAUAUGUCUUGUUUGCUCCCAUGACCAAAGAGCAGACAGAUUUGUACAAUGUGCUUUCCAACAAAAACAUUGAUACUAGGUCAUAUCUGGAGGAUAAAGCGGUAGAGAUGAUCAAGAGCAAGGCUACCUCUCAAGCAUCGACUCAAGCAUCGACUCGCGCCUCGUCAAGAACAAGAUCCACGAUCAAGAAGAGUGGUGGUAAUGAUAAGCAAAUUUCGCUGCCCGUUCGAGAGAGCCCUAGGAAGAAACUUCAAGAUCGGCCAGCGUCUCCCGCAUCCAAUGCUUUCAGUCUUAUGAUGGGCAAACGAGGGCCGGGACGGCCUCCUAAGAAUGCCAAACCCAGCCCCGUUUCAACUCCAUCAUCGAAGCGGAAGAGUCCCCCAACUUCCAUCAAAUCGGAAACUAAAAGUGCCAAGUCCAGUCGACAGUCGACGCCGCUAAGCGUACGGAGCCGUCGACAAACUAACCGAACAUACAAAGAAGCCGAUUCUGACGAAGAAAAGAUGUCGGACGAUGAAUUUGAAGCCAAGCUGGCCAAUGAGGUGGCCAAAGAGGAGGAAGACGACAACUCCACAGAGUCUUUGUCUCCUGAGGACGAGGAACUAGCUCAAAGCUUGGAAUUGGCCAAGAAGCAAAUCUCCCGGAAGAAAUUGGGAAAUCCUCUGGCCCAGAUGCGGCUUGUUUGCAAUAGUCCACACAAUUUCUACAAUCCAUGGGCUGUGGCCACAAACACUCCCGUUGAUGAGACAAUUGUCACAGCAUCAGGGAAAAUGCUUCUUCUCGACAGACUUCUUAACCAUCUCUUCGAGAAUGGUCACAAAGUGCUUAUUUUCUCGCAAUUUACGACGCAGCUUGACAUUUUGGAAGAUUAUUGUGCAGAGUUGCGAGGCUGGAAGCUCAACGAGAAAGAGGAAGAUUUGGAUCCUGAAACAUUGCGAGCUUUGCUAUUGAAGGAUGGCCAAGUCUACGAGGCGUCUGGCGGAGACGGAAUCCUAAGUGAUCAGGAUCUAAAGACAAUCUGUGACAGGAGCGACGAGGCCUUUGAGAAGGCAGCCAGAGGCGAUGGCGAUGCCAACGCUGAUGCGUUUAGAGUUGUGGAGACGGGUGCAGACUCUAUCAAGAUGACGAGAAAAAGCUGA